GCAAAUAAAAACUCCACGCAGCCAUUGUGGGAUUAUGGCGUAGUAGUGUUGGGACCCACGCCUGUGACGGUGUAAGGGCCGGGCAGCCUCCCGUUUGUUCUCAACUUGGGUCUCAGCCGGCAUGGAGCAGGACAAUAAGGAACAGGCUAUGCACCAGCCUCCCAUGGAUAAUAAGAUGUUGGUGCCAGUGUCGAAUGUGCCCGUGUCUUCUGGAAACAGCGGAUUUCAUCAGCCACCAGCCACUCAAUACUUACCAGAGAUGAUGAGGUCCUAUAUGGCAUCAGCUGAGGAGCUCAGAUGCAAUGAGAGAGAAUGGGAAUCACAGCUCAUUAGGUCGCUGCCUGAGCAUGGUGUGAGGUGCCCCUCCCAGCUGGCUCCUAUACCUUUCCAGAAUUAUUGUCAGAGAUCGAUUGGGAGGGGAUCCCACGUGAUGCCAGUUGGAAGUUCAGGUACUCUGGGAGUGACCAUUUCCUUCAGUGAGAAUCUAAUGCCUCAGGGUGGCCUGCCAAGUUCCCGUGGAGUCUCAGUGAUGGCCCAUAGCAGUGCCCCAGCAAUGCCUUAUCCUAUGCCUCCAACAGUACCUGCCACCACGGGCUCUUUAAAACAUGGAAUAUUGUUGGUCCCAGGCAUGGCUUCCGCUGGGACCCAUGCUGUGGCUCCGUUUAUGGAUCAGAUGUUGCACUCCAUAAAUCCCUGCAAUCCUGAGAUGCUCCCAGCUAGGUUCCAGCAAUUGCUACCUUUAGACUCCCAAGAUUCACUUGUGACUGAGUCAAAUACCCAGGAAGAACCUUUCGUACGUGAGCCGCCCACACCUGCUCCAGAGGGGGCAGAGAGCCCCAGUACUUCAAGAGGGGCAACCAGGAGACAGUCCCCAGUUUCAAGGCCUUAUGUCUGCACAUAUAACAGCUGUGGAAAAUCUUAUACCAAGCGCUCUCACCUUGUGAGUCACCAACGCAAACACACAGGUGUGAAGCCCUUCGCAUGUGACUGGAACGGAUGUACGUGGAAGUUCUUCCGCUCUGAUGAGCUUGGACGACACAAACGGAUUCAUACCAGAUACCGACCACAUAAAUGCGAUGAGUGUGAUCGAGAGUUCAUGAGAUCUGACCAUCUCAGGCAGCACAAAAGAACGCAUCUGCCCAAGUAAGACUUCCUGCAGCCUCAAGCCAACAAUGGAUAGACAGAUGAGACAGACAGUCCUCUUGCUCCUGCUCGGGAGCUUCAGCUCUUUCCUGUAGUCUCUAACCCAAGAUUCAGUUGCUCAAGACCAGAUCAUCUCUGGGAAGGUGAAGGUUCGGAUGGAGACAGGAAGUGGUGGGGAAGCCCACACGAAGCUCUGGAUGUCACCAUGUGUUUCUCAAAAUCUGGUACCCUCCCCUCUCAGAGAUUACUGACUUCUGCCAGCUGAGAAGGCAGAGCCAGAGAUAGGAUUUUACUAGAAAGCUUUUAUCUCCUGUCAACCCCAAGUGUGGCUCUCUCAUGACUGUUCCACAAAAUCCCAUGUUCUCUCCCUGGGCCUUCCAGGUUCCAGGGCCAGACCAUGGGAAAGGUCUUUGAACUCUGUGCUUUUUUACAUCUUAGUGCUGGAACAUUCUGGAUAUACAAUGUUGUCUUACCUCAGAUUCUCUCUGGCCUUCACUGUCCGCAUGCCCAGAGUUGGUCUCUUCCCUCCACUCUUGGGAUAGAAUGCCCAUUUCAAGACAUGGCAUCUGGCAUUUCAUGGGGCCACCCAAACCAAGCCUUGUGAGGAGACUAAUAUGAAUGGGAGAUGGGAGAGAGGCAGGCAGCAAAUCUCCCCCCAACCUCCAUGAAUUGUUGCAAGACAUCGUAUCGCUGACAGCACAAUCUGUGGGGAGACCUGCUACACAGCCAGCGGACAUGCCUGCAUCUUCAAGGUUGGCCAUCUUGGAACUGUUGCCUUGGGCCACUUCCCAUUCUUUCCCUUUCACUUGAUCUCCUUCCUAUACCUUGGCUUUGAAUAUCCCAAAUAAAAGUGUAUAGGCCAUUUAAGAUGGCCUGGGGAGUAGGAGGGUUGACAAACCCCCUCAGUAACUUCAGGUGGCAGAUUGUCAUUAUACACACAUGUGCAGAGGUCAGAGACAACUUAGAGUCCAUGAUCUUUAGUGUAGGUCCCUGGGAUUGAACUCAGGCUGUCAGCCUUGGCAGCAAGUACCUUUGAUACAGGUUAUAUUAUGUAGCCUAGGCUGACUAGCAGCUUUCCUGUAUUUGCCUGGAAAGUUCUGGAGUUAAACCACCCAGCUGGCUUCAGGUUGCCUCUCCUGCCUGGCUUUCUGGUUUUGAGGGGCAGUAGCUAUCCUGGUCAUCUAGAACUUAUUAUAUAAACUUGGCCAUUUUACUGAGCAUGAAGCUAACAUAAAGAACCCUGUGGGGGCUCAAAGAUUAAAUUGAAAAGAAGGGAGAAAAAAAGAAAAAAAAGAAAAGGAAGUAAAAAGGAACUUGGUCAUGCCCAAGCCAGUGGCAGAGUUAGAUCCCAGGUAUCGUGUCUGCCCUACAAAGUGGGUCUCUUCCUUAAGACCUGGCACCUUCUAAAGAUAGUCUAUAGACUUAGGUCCAGUCCCGUGCCAAGUACCGACUAUAGGAAGGUGAUGCCAUCUUAGGCUUAAGGGACCAUGUUCGACCUAGCUAGGUGCAGUGGCUCCUGGCAAGUUCUCCAGAGUCAGCUCACAAGCCUCCACAACACAGGACCUGAGGGGCUGAGGGACAGCUAAAGGAUGUACUAGGAACAAAAGACCUCAAAUGUAUGUCAUAGUCAAACCCAAAGGACUCAGCCGUGCCUCAUUCUCUGGACAUGGUCCUUGUGUUCUGGUUGAGCUCUGCACUGGGCACUGGGGGGUUAGAGGCAAAGUCACCAUGACUGUUAAGGAGCAGAAAAGACCAUGGGGAAAACUUUGAAUAUGUUAAGUGCAGUCAGGCUCCAGAUGCUCUGUUAUAAGCCCAGACUUACCCUCAGGCUCUGGGAAAGCCCCCAACAGCCUUGGCUCUGCCGGCUCUGUUCUGCAUGGCCACUGACUGGGUCACUAGGCAAAGCAACUGCGGGCAGCCAUUCUGACACGUUAAAGAAGGGCUCCUCUGUGUUGAGCUCCAGGCAACUGAGGUUAGGGAUAGCAGAAGUCUCUUGUUCCCAUUGACCAGUCUCUUCUUUGGGGCAAGCCAUCUGUGGAAACAAUGGGCCAGAACUGGUCUCCAUCUUCCCCAUGACCAUGUAUGAGACCAACAGACGGGGUUGUUAGGAUGCAAGAUGAGAGCUCUCCUGAUAGCAACACUUGCUAAGGGUGAACUGGAGAUAAACGGUGACCAGAGCUGAUCCCUGCCUGUAGAAGUCAGAGCUACUGAAAGAGCUGUUAGAAAAUGCUGUGAACUAGUUUGGUGUGACCAGUCGUACAUAUGAUACAACAUACUUGCCACUUUAAGUCAUUUGAGUCUCUGAGCCUCCAGAGAUGAAACCACUUUUGGAUUUUGGUAACUGUUACUAUCGUCAUCAUAUGUGAACCCAUCCCUAAACCAUGCAGUGGUUAGUUUUAUAUGACUUUACUGGUUUUACUCUGUCUGAGCUCCAAUAAAUUUUAAUACAAAG